AUGACUAACCCCAACAAUUUAGAAAACUAUCGUGGCUUUCAUGCCAAUAGGAGACCAAACAAUAGUAGCAAUGUGCCUCCAUUGCUUCACCCGAUCAAACCUAAAUUCAAGAAAAAGAGCAGUUCAUUGUUCAAUAAAUUGAUAUAUUCGCGAAGAGACACGGGUGGGGAUGAGGAAGAACAACAAGAGGACGAGGAGUCGAAAAGGGAUCCUCUAUUAUCAACAUCAGAUGCAUCGGUGUCUCCUACUCAAUCUGGCCAAUCAUCGCGAGCCAAUUCCAUUGCUUCAGAUGAGCAAGAUCCUCAACAACAGCAACAACAACAGCCAAAACGCAAAAGCAAUUCAUCGGCUUCUUCAAGCCACUCUAAACAUAAGUUUAGACUCCCAUCGUUGUCGUUGGACUACCACCCCCAUCACAUUUCCUCUGUUCUGCCCAAUCUGUUGCAAAUGUCUCAACCGGAUAACCCCGUGACUCCCAUGAAAAUGAAACACGAUGUGUAUUCCACACCUUCACCUUCAGACGUGUCACAAAGGGACCAAUCGGUGUCGUCACUACACUCUUUAGGCCCCACCGAUAACAUGAUGUCGUUGGAUUUGAACUUGGAUGAAAUGAGAGAUAUUGUGAAAACAGAUGAGACUACAGCACCAAAGCAAAAUUGGAAAGCGCCGGAUUCUUGGGAUGUAAAAGCUUCCAAAAUAGAGGAAAUACCAGAGGAGAUUACUGAACCUGAUUUUGUGGAGAAACUGUUGCCGGUGCUUUAUGGAACCAGACAGGGUUCGCACGUGUCGAAAUCGAUGGAUCCACACCCUAGUCACAUUAUUCGAAUAUUCAAAGAGGACAAUACUUUCACGACCAUAUUAUGCCCCUUAGAGACAACUACGACCGAGCUUUUAGCAAUUGUGCAGAAAAAAUUCUUUUUAGAAUCGGCAUCAAAUUACCAAUUGUCAGUCCACAUUGGAAACUGUGUCAAGGUGUUGGAAAGUUUCGAAAAGCCCAUUAAGAUACAAACGGGGUUGCUUCUUUUAAGUGGGUACACCGAAGAUGACAAUUUGAGAAUAAUCGGUAGGGGGGACAUGUCGUUUGUGUGCAAGUUUGUGGUGGAAAAUAUCUAUCUCAGAAGUUUGACCCAUGAAGAAGAGGCGUUGCUCUCGAAAAACUAUGUGGAUGUCAAUAUAUCCUCUCUAAACCUCAAAAACAUUCCCAUCAUAUUCCACCAACACACUUAUGAAAUUGAAAAAUUGAAUGUGUCGGAAAAUCCAUCGAUAUACAUUCCAUUAGAUUUCAUUCAAUCAUGCACCAAUUUGACAAGCGUCAAUUUUUCCCGAAACGGAUGCUCCAAAUUUCCCACCAAUCUCCUUGAAGCAGUUGGUCUCACCCAUUUGAAUCUCGAGAUGAAUUUUUUGGAUGAUUUACCAUUGAAGAUCAACAGCCUUAACAACUUGACUCAUUUGAAACUCAAUUCCAACCAGUUGUCACUGCUUCCGAAAUCAUUUGGUGAACUUAAAAACUUGGUCUACCUCAAUUUGUCGUCAAAUUACUUUGUCAACUACCCAGAACCGGUCAAUGAUUUGGACAAAUUGAUUGAGUUGGACUUGUCGUAUAACGAUCUUUCGUACCUACCAGAGUCGAUGGUGAAUCUUAAAAGCUUGCAGAAGUUGAACUUGUGCACAAACAAGCUAGACAAGGCAUUGCCAGAUUUCCUUGCCGGCUUGCAGUCAUUGAAAAGAUUGGAUAUUCGUUACAACCAGAUAGCAAAUGUUGACGUGUUAGGCGAAUUACCAAAUCUUGAAGUCUUGUACGCAUCUAGAAAUUCGAUAUCGGCAUUUUGUGAUCGAAUGGAGAACCUUAGACUUUUACAUUUUGAUAAAAAUCCAAUCACAGAACUCAAGUUUAUCAAUCAAUUGCAAAUGCUCAAUAUCUUGGACUUGUCAAAGGCAAAAAUUACUGCUAUCCCUGCCGAGUUUAUGAUCAAGAUACCUAACAUCGAAAAGUUGGUACUUGAUAAAAACCACUUGGUAACACUCCCACAAGAAUUGGGACAAUUGACGAGAUUAUCAUAUCUCUCCAUUUACUCAAACAAUUUACAGGCAGUGCCAUCCACAAUUGGUAAUCUAUCCAAUUUGCAAUACUUGAAUCUUCACUCAAACAGUAUCCAAACCUUGCCGGACGAGAUUUGGAACUUGAGGUCGUUGGCGGUAUUAAAUGUGGCUAGUAAUAACCUCACUUCUUUCCCCAAACCACCAUUUGCCAUCGCAAAGAGAAUUUCUUCCUCGAAUGAUUUUGGAGAAUUGCCAGCCUCAGAAUCAAUUGCUGACGCUUUAUCAGUUUUGACAAUUUCAGACAAUAGGUUGAACGACGACUGUUUUGAUGCCAUUUCAUUCCUUGUUGGCUUAAAGUCACUAAACAUGUCGUAUAACGAUUUGAUUGAGAUUCCAGAAGGGUCAAUUUCGAGAAUGAGACGAUUGAAUGAGCUAUAUUUGUCGGGUAACGACUUGACAACGCUUCCUGCAGAUGAUUUAGAACAACUAAAGGCGUUGAAACUUCUUUAUAUCAACAACAACAAAUUGGUGUCAUUACCAGCAGAAUUGAGCAAAUUGACUAAUUUACAACACUUGGACGUGGGGUCCAAUCAAUUGAAAUACAACAUCUCCAACUGGCCAUACGACUGGAAUUGGCAUUGGAAUAAGAAUUUGAAAUACUUGAACUUUUCUGGAAACAAACGGUUCGAAAUUAAACAAAGUCAUGUAAAGAAUCCGGAAACUGGUGAGGAUUUUGACAGUUUAUUAGUUUUGGACCAAUUGAAAGUAUUGGGUUUGAUUGAUGUCACGUUGACAACAACAUCUGUCCCCGAGCAAUCUGUCGACAAGAGGAUAAGAACAACUGCAUCUGAAUUGGACAAUAUUGGAUACGGUGUAAGUGAUACAAUGGGACAGAGAGACUUUAUAUCAAAUCGAGAUCUUUUCAUACAAAAGUUUAGAGGCAACGAAGACGAGGUGCUUAUUUGCUCCUUUGAUGGUAAACAUGGAGCUCCGAAUCAGGGCCAUAGAAUAUCAUUAAUUGCACGAAACAUGAUUACAAAAAGUGUAACUGAGGAAUUGUCUAAAAUUAACAAUGACCCCGACAAGGUUUACAUUGCUCUCAGGAGGGCAUUCUUAUCAUUCAAUAAGGAAAUCAAUGGAAUAUUAUUGGCCAAAAAGAGUCAUACAUUCACUCCUGGCCCACAAUACUCCAAAGAGCAAAGCGAGUUGAACUUGAUUGAUGAUGCAAGAAGUGGUGCAUCUGCCACUGUCAUUUACAUCAAAAACAAAAAGCUUUAUUGUGCAAACAUUGGAGACAUUGAAACAUUACUAUGCCAAAACAAUGGUAAUUUCCGUGUAUUGACAAAUUCUCACAAACCAACAAAUCGUGAAGAGUUCGAACGAAUUAGAGCUUCCGGUGGGUAUGUUUCUGGAAGCGGUGAUUUAGAUGGAGACUUGCCUGUAUCUCGAGGGGCAGGAUACUUUUCAUAUUUACCCCAUACUCAUUCUGGUCCAGAUGUGAGUGAGUUGACAUUGACUCCCGCUGAUGACUUGUUGGUUAUUGCCACUAAAGUGCUUUGGGAGUAUAUCUCCUAUGAACUUGCGGUCGACAUUAUACGACAAGAAAAGAAUGAUCCAAUGAUUGCUGCGCAGAAGUUGCGUGAUUUCGCCAUCUGCUAUGGUGCUUCAGACAAGAUAACGGUGAUUGUGCUUACAUUUGGUGAAAAGACAAAACUGAAUGCCUUGUAUAAUAACCUUGGUCGAGAAUCUGAUUUUUUCAAAAGGAGAAGAGAUAGACAAGUUGGUGGUGAUUCAACUCUUCGUAGGUUGGAAAGUGAAAUUGAACCACCGGUUGGCGAAUUGGCAUUGGUAUUUACAGAUAUCAAGAAUUCGACAUUACUUUGGGAUUCGUACCCAGCACCAAUGAGGUCUGCUAUCAAGACACAUAACUCAAUCAUGAGACGUCAAUUGAGGAUUGUUGGAGGAUACGAGGUUAAAACAGAAGGUGAUGCAUUUAUGGUUGCAUUUCCUUCGCCCACAUCGGCUCUAUUAUGGUGCUUCAACGUGCAACAGAACUUGCUUACUGCUGAUUGGCCGACAGAGAUUCUUGAAACCGACCAAUGUUGUGAAGUGACUGAUGGCGCUGGGAACGUAAUAUAUCGUGGGUUGUCGGUUCGUAUGGGUAUACAUUGGGGUUCACCCGUGUGUGAACCGGAUGUUGUUACUGGAAGAAUGGACUAUUUUGGCCCCAUGGUGAAUCGAGCUUCUCGAAUUAGUGCAAUUGCCGAUGGUGGUCAAAUUGCCGUAAGCUCAAACUUUCUUGACGAAAUGAGAGCAUUAACUGCCAUCCAUGAUGACAUUAAAAAUAAUGUCAAGACCAUUAGUGAUGCAUAUCAGGGGAAUGACAAUGCCGGAAUCAUUAUUGAAAGAGAGCUAACCGCAAUCGAGGAGCUCGGGUCAAACUACUACAAAAUUGGAGAGAGGAAGCUUAAAGGGUUGGAAACGCCAGAAUUGAUCACCUUAGUUUACUCCACCCGGUUGAAAUUACGAUUCGAGAUUUUCCAAAAGAGAUUAGAUGCAGAUGAAAAACAUAGCACAAGAGUGAUUGGCACCAUACCUAUUGAGUGUAUCACAGCAAUCAACAAUAUUGCAUUACGUUUGGAAAAUUUGUUGUCGUAUUUAAAUUAUGGUACCUAUAUCAAAGAAGGGCUCAAGCAAAAUCAAAGAUUAAUUGAUCCCAAUGUACAAGAAUUGUUGAAUUCGGUAACGAGAAUAGAAAACUCGGUGGCUACUUUAUAUCUAAGGCAAUUGACGGAACCAAAUAACAACAAAGCAUUCAGCAUGAGUCCAUUAAGUCAAAUAUUGGACGAGUUGUCGGCAAUUAUGAAACACGUACAGGAUACAUAG